AUGGACACCCAUGAGGCAGACGGCAGCCUGAUGCUGGAGUUUGCCGCUCAGGCUUUCCAGGCGAAAAACUUCCAGUUGGCAUGUGAGAUCUACGAGCGGCAGCUGCAGGGACAGCCGGCCGGGGCGGAGGGCACUGGGGGCUGCUGCUGAGGCGGGCACAGUGCCUGGCAUGUUCGGGGAAGCUGCACGAUGCCUUCGGCUUGUACCAGGAGGCGGCCGCCCAGGACGAGCUGUGUGCGGAGCAGCUGGAGACUUUGGUGUCGUGCCUGGCAGAGCAGAUCCGGAGCAGAGAGCCGCCCUCCGCGGACGGGGCCGGCUGGGGGGUCCUGACCUGUACGGAGUGCCGGGGCUUGGUGUCCGAGCCGGUGACCGUGCAGUGCGGGCACACCUUCUGCAGGCAGUGCCUGGGGCGGCCAGAGUGCCCAGUGUGCCGGGCCCUCCUGCAGGGGGGCGCUCUCCAUCACCACAGGGUCAACGUGGUGCUCAGCAAUGUCAUCAGCAAGUGGUUCCCCUGGGAGGUCCAGGCUGGCAGGCUCACCCAGGAGGGCAGUGCCCUGAUCAAGGACAGCCGGCUGGAGGAGGCACUGGACAAGUAUCAUCAGGCCAUCAAACUAGUACCAUUCGACCAUUUACUGUAUAGCAACCGCUCUAUGGUUUACCUCAGUCUAAAGUCUUAUGAACUGGCACUGGAUGAUGCAGAAACAGCCUGUAAACUGCAACCAUAUUGGUUAAACGGGCAUCUGAGGAAAGCACAAGCAUUGACAAACUUGGGAAAAACAGAAGAUGCUUUAAAAGAAUUUCUUUUCUGUCUGGUACUUGAUAGUGAAAAUAAAACUGCAAAAUCUGAAGCCCAAAAGUUGCUGCUUAACAUAUUAAGUCCUGGACACAGGCAAGGAGACUUUCCAGAUGUUCUUCAAAUGAUGUCACAUCCAUCAAGGUUAAAAGGAAGUCUUAUAAGCUCAGACCCUGGCAUUAAUAAUCUUGGGUCAUACCAGCCUAAUGUGGAAUAUAAGAAAAACCUAAUUCUUCCUGAGCAAACUAUCUCCACUGGAUACAACAGUGUGUGGAAAUCACUACAGACCUUAGAAAAUAUAAAGGAAGGCCACAGUAAAGACACCUUGUCCUCAGAGGAAUGCCUGAAAACCUCACUGACCUGUAACCCUUUAAAAAGAAAGUUGUGCAAAAAUGAUACAAGCGAGGUCACAAGUCCAGAGCUGCCCAGCAAAUUACCAAAAACAGAUGUGUCAGUGGAUGAGAGUGCAGAUGUGGACUUGCCUGUUUUCUCACCUGUGGAUUCAUCAGACUUGGAGUGUUCACUCUGCAUGAGGUUGCUGUAUGAACCCGUGACCACUCCCUGCGGGCACUCAUAUUGCCUAAAGUGUCUUGAACGAUGCCUUGACCACAACCCAAAGUGUCCAUUGUGCAAAGAAGACUUGUGUGAGUAUCUGGCGGUGAGGAAGUUUUGUAAAACAGAGCUGAUGGAAGAUCUAAUAGCUAAGUAUUUCCCUGAGGAACUUAAAGAAAGGAAAACAAUCUAUGAGGAGGAGAUCGCAGAGCUUUCAAACUUGAACAAAAAUGUUCCUAUAUUUGUGUGUACCAUGGCUUACCCCACAGUCCCAUGCCCUCUGCACAUAUUUGAACCUUGCUAUCGUUUGAUGAUUCGGAGAUGUAUGGAAACUGGAACAAAGCAAUUUGGCAUGUGCAUUGGUGACUCUGUGAAAGGAUUUGCAGAUUACGGGUGCAUAUUGGAGAUCCGUAAUGUAGAGUUCUUUUCAGAUGGCCGUUCAGUUGUGGAUAGUAUUGGAAAAAGAAGGUUUAAAGUUAUGCAGCACAGUCAAAGAGAUGGUUAUAAACACCGCUGAUAUUGAGUACAUAGAGGAUGAAAAGGUUACAGAAGAAGUUUAUGCAGAACUUCGUGUACUGCACAAUGCUGUGUAUGAUCAGGCAUACAACUGGUUCAGUACUCUGAAACUAGCAUUGAAAACUCGAAUCUUGAGUCAUUUUGGUCCUAUGCCAGCUAAGGAUGCUGAUUUACAGGUAAACCCCAAUGGCCCUGCAUGGUGCUGGUGGAUUCUCGCUGUUCUUCCUCUUGAGAGCAGGGCACAGCUCCCUUUUCUCGCAAUGACAUCACUUAAAGAUCGCUUAACUAGCAUUCGGCGUGUCCUCCUGUUUAUGUGUCGUACACGACCACGAUAA